AUGAAACUUGCUAUUCUGCUCGUUAUCGGCGUUAUCACUGGACAAACAUACGGUGAUGCACCUGAAGCUAUCGUGGGUGGCUUUAUAGCCACAACGGCUCAAUUUCCCUAUCAAGUCUCCCUUCGACUAUUUGGAAACCAUAAUUGCGGAGGUUCCAUUAUUAGUCCAACUCAUAUUCUCACCGCUGCUCAUUGUGUUUAUGCAGAGUAUCAUAUUAGAUACACGGUUGUUGUAACCGGAACCCUGAAAUGGGACGAAGGCGAAACGCAUAAGAUCAAAUGUAUUCGUAUACACCCAGAAUACACUGAUAAGAAAGAAGACUCCUGGAAGCACGAUAUCGCUGUUAUUACUUUGACAAAGCCGAUUGUAUUUAACAAAUUCCAAAGUCCGAUCCCUCUAGCGACUCGAAAUUACGCUACUGGCGAGCAUCGUGGUAUAACUAGUGGAUGGGGAAAGACCAGCGUAAAGGCAUCAGAAGCUUCGCCGGUACUGAAAUGGCUUGGAGUGAACGUUUUGAGUGAGAAAGACUGCUUGAACAGAAUCGGGAAACCACCAACCAUUAAGACUCAAAUAUGCACCUUGGAGAAGACUGGGCAUGGUGCUUGUGCAGGUGAUAGCGGCGGUCCUCUUGUAGUCAAUGGCGAAGUCUGUGGUAUUACUUCUUGGGUCGCUAUGUGCGCUUGGGGUGUACCUGAUGUAUUCACUAAUGUUUUUUACUAUUUGGACUUCAUCAAAGAAUAGGCACAUGGCGAUGCACCUCAAGCUAUCGUAGGUGGCCACAUAGCCACUGCAGGUCAAUUACCAUAUCAAGUUUCCCUUAAAAUGUAUGGAGGACAUAAUUGUGGGGGUACCAUUAUUAGUGAUAGACAUAUUGUUACCGCUGCUCAUUGUGUUGAUGAUCCUAUGGAUUAUAAAUAUAUGGUUGUCGUAACCGGAACUCUCAAAUGGAGAGAAGGCGAAACGCACAAGAUCAAAUGCAUUCGUGUGCACCCAGGUUACACUGGCAAGAUGGAAGAUUCCUGGAAGAACGAUAUCGCUGUUAUUACUUUGGAAAAGCCGAUUGUAUUUAACCGAUACCAAAAAUCGAUUCCUCUAGCGUCUCGAGAUUACGCUACUGGCGAAUAUCGCGGUAUAACUAGUGGAUGGGGAAAGACUAGCGCAAAGUCAUCAGAAGCUUCGCCGGUACUGAAGUGGCUCGAAGUGAACGUUUUGAGCGAGGAAAAGUGCUUGCAAAGACGCGGAAAACCAUCAACUAUUAAAUCUCAAAUAUGCACCCUAGAAAGGGUUGGGCAUGGUGCUUGUUCAGGUGACAGCGGCGGUCCUCUCGUAAUCAAUGGCGAGCUCUGCGGUGUCACCUCUUGGGUCACGCUCUGCGCUUUGGGUGUACCUGACGUUUUCACUAGUAUUUAUCACCAUUUGAGCUUCAUCAAGGAAAGCCAAAGCAUGUGCUGA